AUGCCUAUCCUAGAGAAACAGUCGUCCCAAGGCCCCAAGGACAUGACUGCCUUGCCCAAGGUUCCAGUCCCGCCUUUACACCAGACGCUGGAUAUGUAUUUGAGAUGCAUGAGACAUCUCGUGCCGGAUCAGAUGUUCCGGGACACGCGAGCGAUCGUGGAGGAGUUCGGAAAGGCCGGAGGCGUCGGCGAGAUGCUCCAGAGAAAACUGCUGGAGCGGAGGGACAGGACCGAAAACUGGGUGUAUGACUACUGGCUCCAGGACAUGUACCUGAACAACAGACUGGCACUCCCAGUCAACUCCAGUCCAGUCAUGGUCCUGCCCAGACAGACCUUCACAGAUCACAAGGACUUUCUCAGAUACGCAGCUCGUCUCAUUGGAGGAGUUCUGGACUACAAAGCCAUGCUGGAAUCUGGGGCCUUCCCCGUGGAGCAGGUGCGUGGUCAGCUGACCCAGGGCGUCCAAUGGGACCCGCUGUGCAUGGACCAGUACACGCGCAUCUUCGGCUGCCACCGGAGGCCCGGCCCAAAGCAGGAUGCGCAGCUGGGGCCCGAGCCCUCCGCCGGCACCGGCACUGGUGCCAAAGCCCGGCCAGAACACAUCGUAGUUGCCUGCAAGAACCAGUUCUUUGUGCUGGAGGUGACACUAAGGUCCUGUCAGCUAGAGGAAGCGGAGCUUAUGAUGCAGCUGGAGCGCAUUUCCAAGAUGGCGGCCAACGAGGAGGAGCGCGUUCCCCCCAUGGGCAUCCUCACCUCCGAGGGGCGCAACGACUGGGCACAGGCCAGGGAGUUCCUCAUGAAAGAUGCCACCAACAGAGACACGCUGGACAUGUUGGAGCGCUGCUUGUGUUUGGUGUGUCUGGACGAGCCGAGCGGUGGUGACGGUGGUGACGGUGAGCGGGCCAUGCUCAUGCUGCACGGCGGGGGCCACGGCAAGAACGGGGCCAACCGCUGGUACGACACGCCAAUGCAGUUCGUGGUGGGAGCUGACGGAGUGUGUGGGGUGGUGUGUGAACACUCGCAGUUCGAGGGGAUCGUGCUGGUGCACUGCACAGAACACCUGGUGAAAUACAUAACAGAGAGUGCCCGCAAGCCAGCAGUGCCAGCCCCGAGCGCCUCAGAGCUGCCAGUGCCCCGCAGGUUACCCUGGAGAUGCACCCCACAGAUACAGGGCCUGCUGGGAUGCUCAGCCGAGAAACUGCAGAGGCUGGUGAGGAACCUGGACAUGCACGUGCACACGUUCAGCUCCUACGGCAAAGAGUUCAUCAAGAGACAGAGGAUGAGUCCGGACGCCUACAUACAAGUGGCCCUGCAGCUCGCUUUCUAUAAAUGUAACGGUCGUCCGGUGCCCACCUACGAGAGUGCCUCCAUCCGCCGCUUCAGACAUGGCCGCGUGGACAACAUCCGCUCUGCUACGCCCGAGGCCCUGGCCUUCGUCAGAGCCAUGACGGACGAGUGGGAGGGACACACCGAUGCUGUCAGAAUGAGCAGACUACAGGACGCCAUCAAGGCUCAGACACAAUAUACCGUGCUGGCAAUUACAGGCAAUGGCAUUGACAAUCAUCUUCUCGGACUCCGAGAAAUCGCUCAGGAACUAGAAAUGGAGAGACCGGACAUCUUUAAAGACGAAACCUACCUGCUUAGCAACCAGUUCAUCCUCUCCACCAGUCAGGUGCCCACCAACCUGGACAUGUUCUGCUGCUACGGCCCCGUGGUCCCCAAUGGCUAUGGAGCCUGCUACAACCCCCAGGCCGAAAGCAUCCUCUUCUGCGUCUCCAGCUUCCGCCAGAGCACGGAGACCAGCUCGCAGUUCUUCACGCGCGCCCUGGACAACAGCCUACGCGACAUGGCCGCCCUGUGCAGCCGGUGCGCUGCCACCGUCGCCCCAGCAACGCCGACGAAAACAACAACAUCAACCGCCACCAAUGGCAACUCUGGCGUUAACAAGGCAACAGCAACAACGUCUACAACAACCACCAAUGGCAGUGUUAGUGUCAACAAGGCUGCUGCUGUUGUCGCGGCGGCUAGGGUAGCUGCUACUGCUACCGCUGCUGCUGUUGCCAGCUUCUCGCCAGUCAGAUCCACCAGUCAAACAAAGGCAGCAGCCCCGCCCAGGCCUAUAAGGCCCCGCCCCCCAAAGGAGAGUAAGCCAUAG